CUUAGCACGACGAUCAAGUAUAGAUCGAGAAUCUAGAUCCAGUUGUUUUGGCACCUUGCUACUUCUGUUCCAUUCGUCUUUUUUCUCGUCUAACUUGAUGGUUUCAUUGGSAACACUAUUUAUCCACGUGGAGGUGUUGAUCGAAACUGGUUUUUCAGAACCCAUUUGGGGUACGAAAAUUUGCUGACUCUUGUCUUCGUCUUUCCUUUUUGCAUCAAGCGACCUUUUCAAUUUCAAUUCAUCAUCAUCUUUCUCCCCAUCCCCGCUUUGAGAACCUCGCAACCACUGCUCCAAGCUAGCAUUGCUAACGGUAUUGACUGAACUAAUGAUACUAUUACCUCGUUGCAAUGGUAGAGCUGAUAUUAGCUGGGGACGUUCUGAUGUAGUGAAAAAUUUUCUCGCCGAAGCGCUUCCUGUUUCAUCUUUGGAAGGAACACUUGCUAUAGUAUCAUCACUAAUUGUUGAUCGCGUGCUAGAAAGUUGGUCUCCCUGGUACAGCAAGGUCCCCGAAAGAUCCGACAAGGGUGUCAGUGAAGGGUUAUGGCGAUUGGUUCUGUAGAUUUGAUCUCCAUUUUCUCCGAACGGGUGCUUUCCGUUGUUAAUUAGACCUUGUUCUUCAUCCGCAAAUCGUACUUUCGAAUCAGCUCGUAUCCUAUUUGCAUUUGCCGUAUUGACGAAUCUAUGGUCUAUCGUUGAGGUUUUCACUGACUCUGAUGUCCCACUAAGGUGAUCGUAAAGGUCUUCUUCGAACAGAAAACGAUCUAUUGAUUUUUGUUUGGUUCGAUAUUGUCGAAUAAUGCUGAUAUUGUUUUUGAUGUUGCACUUGGCCUUCGAGAGUAAGUUAGAAUGAAGACUGUGUGGCACGAGGGAUUCCUCGUAUUCGCUCGAAAAUAUUCGCUCUUUGCUCAUUGCACCUGUGUGCAUWAUGAUACGCCCGAAGGAGCUGAAAACGCUGACAACAUGGACRAAUAGAGCUACCGUCCCCACCAAGAGACAAAUCGAAAAAUAUCCCACUGGUAGCAACAUGAAAAAGAAAGCCAUGAAUGAUAUCAAAAAUGUAUAGAUACUGCCAACAAUAAAUCUCCCGGGGAGUUCUGUGGCGUAUUGCCCAAUCGACGAUCGCAAAAUGCAAUGAGCAUUGGCCUCAUUAAUGGCACUGAUCAUCGCAGUGAAAGAGAAAGUGCUGAUGAGACUGAGUAUGGUGAAGAGUGCCGAAAUGAUGAUGAACAAUCCUGCCCAGAAACCAACAGUGUUCCAAUGGGCAUUUACAAGAUUGUCUCGGACCUGUGAAGCAACGGUGGAGGAGUUGAAAAGUACACCAAAUUCCGUGGAAAGCAACAAUGACAUGAAGACCAUAGCGCUUGAAUAUCGUUGUGUUAUAUAGGCACGUAGAUCCUUCCCGUUCUCCAUUGACCAUGCAUUGUGUCUUCGCCAAAUCGAAAAAUGAUUGACAGUAACAAGGUACUCCCUGAACUUGAUUAGCUGUAAGAGAGAAAUCCAGGUAUUCGGUGUAAAGUCGCGACGAUCGGUACAAGACGACGUGCGUUGCUUCAACGGCAAUGGUUUUUGAUUGUUCUCAAGCUCYGAACCCGACCAUUCUUCUCGUUCUGGACAGAACAUUUUCUCGCUGCUUCCAUUACUCUGGGUUUCUUUGUCUUCCUCUUUUUGGUGCCACGAUGGAAUCAGCCUUUUUUAUUUCUUUUAUCCCAGUAUUCGAGACAGUAAAUGAUGAAGCUUAACAAGCACCUACGAUUCCUCCAGAAAAUUGUUCGGCGAACGAUUCCAACAUGAAACCGUUUUCAAACGACACCACAACACACACACCAAUUUUUUUCAUGAGACUUCCGACUUUUUCACGAUGGCUCUUAUUCUGCACGAUAGACUCAUUCCCGCAAGCUCAGAAUUCUACGUAGGACCUGGCAAGAAGUAUUUUUUAGACUCCGAUUCCUACCGCCCCGCAGUGCUUUUCCCACCGAAGUACGCCAUUAGUGCGAAGUACGAUUUUCGACGGUACCUCAGAAUGGAACUAAGCACAUGCGAGGACGAUCACUUAGAUACCGUAAUGUACUACUUGUACCCUACCGUACAUAAACUACGGGAUGGCUCAUAUUAUUUUACACCUGGGAGGUAACAUACUCAUAGAUAUGUAUAGUAUCUAUUAUAGUUAAGAGUUGAGAACACUACCGUCGACAUACGGUAACAUCAAACAUCAUCGAUCAAAAACCAAAAAACGGUACGAAAAAAUACGUCUCCUCGAUCUCACACCAUGAAGGCAUUUUCGUACCAUCUCAAUUUAACAGUACGUACCGUCACCGUUUCACCCACAUACGUAGUUAUCCUUUCGAUCAAUUGUCAACRCGACGGAAACGAAUCGAUCAUGUCGUCUUCGGUCGAUGACAAUGCCACUAAUACCUCCAAGGGUGACGGAAAUCCUGGCGUAGAAAAAUACAGCGAUGAAGCGGUUGUCCAAUCUUUUGUGGACGCCAUUCCACACGAAGAUCGUAGGUCGCUGGAUCUCGAACUCGACUCCUUUGUUGUCCGCCAUGCAUCACAUCACCGCCCCAUCGCACUGGUCUCAUCGGGUGGAACCGCGGCUGAUCUAGAAAUCAACAGCGUCCGUUGUCUGGACAAUUUCUCAACUGGAAAGCGGGGCGCAAUUUCSGUGGAAGGUGAGAGUUGUAUUAAAACUUUAAGAGAUGCGGGUACCGCUGUUGUGCCUUAAGGUGUAGCGCCAUACAUCUCUAAYUUUUUUCGUUUCCAAAGAAUUUCUGAAACGCGGCUAUGCAGUCAUUCACCUCUGGAGGAAGGGUAGUGCCUCACCGUACGGGCGAGUGCUGAGCCAAUUGAUAAUGGGGAARAAAUCAAUGCCUAAUGAAGGAAUUUCGAUGGCAAGUCUGGGAAAAUUGUUUGCAACGGGUGAUCUAGAUGAAGACCAAGAAGAUCAGUUGGUCCAAGCAGUAUUAGAUGCAGAACAGAACGGCGAUCCGUGGUUGUCCGAUCCUUCCUCGGUUGACACAGGGAACAAUGCAGAUGGUGCGAACAGAAUGCUCAGGCGUUCAAACAAUAGCAGCGGUACAAACAAAAGAUCGUCAUAUAGAGGUGGCGUUCAAUUGCAUCGACGAAUCUUAAAUUCAACUCCACUUCUCACAGCUCUUAACGAGCGAAAAUCUGCUUUGGAGGAGGGAAGAAUCUUAACGAUACCAUUUCGAUCCGUAGAAGACUACCUCGCGAAACUUCAGUURUCUUCCGAAUCCUUGCGAAACAGCCAAGCUCUCGCUAUUUUCUAUUUGGCAGCCGCGGUGUCCGACUUUUACGUGCCUCUCGCGGAACGUUCACAGCAUAAAAUUCAGAGCCGCUCAAUUCCAGACAAGAAUUCUGGUAGCGCGCUCAGCAAGGAAAAAGGUAACGAGUGCUUAAAUCUAAAAUUAUGGCCCGUUCCCAAGGUGAUGGGUUUGUUACGAUCCAAAUGGGCGCCGGAUGCAUUYAUCUGCAGCUUCAAACUGGAAACCGAUAAAGCCAUCCUACGUCAGAAGGCAGAAGGAGCGAUUGACAAGUAUGGUUGUCAUGUGGUGAUUGGAAACCUACUGGCGACUCGCCACGAUCAAGUUUGGAUUUUGGCUCCGGCGGACAUGGAAAGAUUUGUGUUGGAGAAUAGCCAGAAGAGUGCUGAUUCGAUAGCAAAAGACUGGCCCAUGCACGAAAUCUCACGGCCCAAGUCGUCUGAGACAGAGGUGCUUGAGGGCAUGAUUAUAGAAAAUGUUGUGCAAACUCACUUCGAAUAUAUCUCCACCAGCUUGAGCGGUAGCUUCGACAAAUCUGGAACGGCAUCUGUCAUGCAGGCUCACUACGAACUCCAGCGAAAGAAAAAAGAAAUCGAAAAUGAAUUGUUCUGGAAYCAAGUGCAAAAGGUUGCACUGGAUUGGGCUGGAGUUUUCGCUGGCGCUGCAUUAUCGUAUGUAAUCUCGGCGGCAUUGAGACGGAGAAUUGAUGCGUAGAGUUUUUUUAAAUUGCAAGGGAAAGCCAAGCAUAUCAUAAAUCUUUUCUUGAUAGAAUAUCUUACGGACGACUUUGUCUCUUCUUGUAUAAGUCAACAAAAAGAUAAUCUGGUAAGGGWUGAGGAUUGUCGUCAUAUUUCAGUUUCUAAUUUUGUCAGAUGGUUUCGAAAAGAAGGGCAUAUUGCUUUCAGCUGAAAUGURAAGAACAUCAUCAUCAUCAUUAUCUGUAUGUUGGCUGCUCGCAGUGGACAUUUUGCGUUAUAACCGCGAUCUGCUUGCUGACGAUAACGUCUUCGAUGCAAUCUCGAUUUCCGCAUAUCCAUUAUCUACCAACUUUSUACCUGAAUCAUUGUUUAUAAUCACGAAGAGGAACCUCUUGAAAGUUUUGUUCGUCUUCACCCCCUCUGGUGUGCUGGAAAGAUCCCAUAUCUUGAUGCUUAGACAAUCUCCUACAAAACCCGGUGCCUUGAAUGCCCCCUCUAGUUUUCGAAAGAAAAACUCACAGUCUUC